UCUGCAAGCAAAUUAGCACAUUAUCAUGGACAGGACUGCAGAAUACAAAGCAGCGGUCAGCUCAUUGCUCAAUAGAGGUACACCCUCUCGACAGCACCACAGUAAUGCAUAUAGUAAUCAUCCUGCACGUAAGGGGAAGGAAGCUGCAGCCUAUGCAGAAUUCUCCAAAUUGGCUUCAUCCAUCGGACAUGACAUCAAAGAAACCUCAGAGAAAUUGGAGAAGUUGAAAAAAUUGGUCAAAAGAAAAGCACUUUUUGACGAUCGACCUGUUGAAAUCUCGGAAUUGACCUACGUUAUCAAGCAGGAUCUUUCACGUCUCAAUGCUCAAACAAUGGCACUUCAGAAACACGUCCGAGCUACAGCUGCCAAAGCCAACCGAUCCACACGUCAAAUGGACGAACACUCAACUAAUUUGGUCAUCAUCUUGCAGUCACGACUUGCUAACACGAGUAUGGGCUUUAAAGAAGCGUUGGAAAUCAGAUCAGAGAGUAUGCAAGCGUCGAAAAAGAGACAGGAUCAGCUCUUACAGUCUGGACAGCCACAUCCAGGGCAGUCUCCGCCUCAGGGGUUUGCAGGGCAACAACAGAAUGGACACCAACAAUCGCUACAACUUCCUCAGACAGGAAUUCUGUCAUCUCUUCGUAAUACUACAAAAUCACCUAUUGGACUUGUCCCGACGUCUGCGUCACCGCCUCAGGCCUUUAGUAGCUACACCAAUGAUCAUAGCAAUAAUAUACCCCAGAGUGGAAGGACAUCUCCAUUCAUGCAACCCUUACCAAGUAAUCCCAAUCAGCUACCUUUAUCAUCAGUAUCAUCUCAAUCAUCGCCAUAUCAACAAUAUCAAAUAAGUGGGUCUUCUGAUAUAGACCCAUAUAGUGGUAGUAGUAUGCACAGAAGGAAAGGUAGAACAGAUGACUAUCAUGGACAAAGCCAGCACUAUUAUGAGGAUGAUUCAGAGUCUGCAGGACCAGCGUCAAUGCUAUUCCAACAGCAACAGCAUGCACCCCAUGUAGAACAAUAUGUCCAAAAUAGGUCAACUGCCAUCGAAGCCGUAGAAUCGACGCUCCAGGAACUUGGAGGAAUCUUUCAACAACUAGCGCAGAUGGUUGCAGAGCAACGAGAUACUAUCCAAAGGAUUGAGGCAAAUACAGAUGAUAUUGAGCUUAACAUUAAUGAGGCACAGAAUCAGCUUCUUCGCUACUAUCGCAACAUUUCAUCCGAUCGAUGGCUAAUGAUCAAGCUCUUUUUAACCAUUAUCUUUGUGUUUCUAGUUAUGUCGCUACUCUCUUAAUAAUAAUGAUAAUGAUAACGACAAUGGUG